CCAACUUGUCACCAAAGAUGGCGAAUUGCUGAGUGCUCAUGGAUACGCACACUUCGCGGAUACUCGAUAUUAUCUUGCCGAAAACUCAAGCCUUAAUAGCAAACUAAACUGAAUCUGAAUCACGUUUUUCUGUAAUCGAAACAUUAGGAGUUCGGCGUCAGCAACCACCACCAUGCAGAUCACGCUAAAAACACUGCAACAGCAGACUAUUCAGAUUGAGAUAGACCCCGAGCAAACGGUGAAAGCCUUGAAGGAGAAGAUAGAAGCUGAAAGGGGAAAAGACAACUUUCCUGUAUCUGGGCAGAAGUUGAUAUAUGCUGGCAAGAUCCUGCAAGAUGAUACACCCAUUAAGGACUACAAAAUUGAUGAGAAAAAUUUUGUUGUAGUUAUGGUGUCUAAGACUAAGCCAGCAGCUGCUGCCUCGCCUCCACCGUCAGUGGCGUCUAAGCCCCCAGUCCAGGACUCUGGCUCCACCUCAACAGCUGCCCCAGCCCCAGCCCCAGCCCCAGCCCCAACCCCAACCCCAACCCCAAAAGCUGCCCCCAUUCCCCCCGAGGAGGUAAAAGAGGAGCCCAGUCCUACAGACACAGAAGCACUUCAACCUGUCAGUGGUGGGAGUCAGGGUGUUGAUGCUUCCUCAGCACUGGUGACGGGAGCAGAGUACGAGGCCAUGCUGACAGAAAUCAUGUCUAUGGGCUAUGAGAGGGAGAGGGUGGUAGCUGCUCUACGAGCCAGCUUCAAUAACCCCCAUAGAGCUGUGGAGUACCUCCUCACUGGUAUCCCCAGUAGUCCAGUCCAGGAGACUAAUCCCCCUGUGCAAGCUCCCGCUUCUGGACGCACAGACGCCCCAUCUCUAGCAGAAGGAGAGAACCCGCUGGAGUUCCUGCGGACCCAGCCCCAGUUUCUGAACAUGAGACAGGCUAUCCAGCAGAAUCCCUCACUGCUGCCAACUCUUCUCCAGCAGCUGGGCAGGGAGAACCCCCAACUUCUACAGCAAAUAAGCCAGUACCAGGAAUUGUUCAUCCAGAUGUUGAAUGAGCCGGUGGGAGAGGGGGGAGAGGGCCCAGAGGUGGGAGAGCUGGGCGCUGCAGGAGAGGAAGGCGCACCUGUCAACUACAUCCAGGUCACUCCUCAAGAGAAGGAAGCCAUCGAGAGGUUAAAAGCAUUGGGUUUCCCCGAGGCCCUGGUGAUUCAGGCUUACUUUGCCUGUGAGAAGAACGAGAACCUGGCAGCCAACUUUCUCCUCAACCAGGGUUUGGAAGAUGACUGAGACCAAGAUGUCCUGCCCUCCACCUCCUCCCUCCCACCUCCUCUCCCCUUCCUCAGCUCAGCACAAAGACUGCACCCCUACUAUACUGUAUAUCUACCAGCCUCAACUCAGCCCAGUGGCAGGGGAGGGAGAGGGGAGAGCUUGCAAGGGGGA